UUUUUUUAACUUCCGCCCCAUUUUCCCGCCUUCCUGCCAGUCUAGCAGCGCGCGGAUUCUCCUGACAUUGUCAAACCCUAAUCCAUUCCUCGACAGCGCGAAGGAGGAAGACAACCACCAUUGUUUUGUAUUGAAAGUAGGAUGAGGGGUGGAACGAUCCAGAUCAACUGGCAUGACACGAAGCCAGUUCUAACCCUAGAUUUUCACUUCCCUACUGGAACCCUAGCCACGGGAGGCGGCGACAAUGAUAUCAAGCUUUGGAUCAUAUCCCCAGGUGAAUCACAAAAGAAAUUCCCGCUUUCUUCCUAUCAAAAAAGCCUCUCUUACCAUAGUUCUACAGUGAAUGCCUUACGUUUCUCUCCAUCUGGAGAAUUCCUUGCAUCUGGUGCUGAUGGUGGAGAUCUAGUUAUAUGGAAGUUGCACUCAACAGAUGAUGGGUCGGCUUGGAAAGUUUUUAAGACAUUAUUAUUUCACCGCAAGGAUGUCCUUGAUCUUCAGUGGUCUCCUGAUGGUGGAUACCUUAUUUCUGGGUCUGUUGACAACUCUUGCAUAAUAUGGGAUAUCAGUAAAGGUUCUGUCCAUCAGAUUUUAGAUGCUCAUUUGCAUUAUGUUCAGGGUGUUUCUUGGGAUCCAUUAGGUUGCUACGUUGCUUCUCUUAGUUCAGAUAGAACAUGCCGGAUAUAUGUGAACAAGCCUCAAACUAAGCAAAAGGGCCAUGACAAAAUUAAUUAUGUGUCUCAAUAUUUAUUGACAAAGUUGGAGGUACAGAACACGGAUGAUUCUACGGCUCUGUUGGCAAAAACUCAUUUAUUUCAUGAUGAAACACUAAAUUCCUUUUUUAGAAGAUUAUCGUGGUCACCUGAUGGAUCAUUUUUACUAGUUCCUGCAGGUAUAUGCAAACUUUCACCUGCAUCUGAUCCAAUCAAUGCUGCAUAUAUUAUUUCCAGGAAGGAACUUUCAAGGCCCGCAAUGAGUCUUGUAGGUCCCAGUAAACCCAUUGUAGCUGUAAGAUUUUGCCCUAUUCUUUUCUGUCUUCAAGGAAACACAGCAACCGGUUUGUUCAAACUUCCUUACCGAGUUAUUUUUGCCGUGGCAACAAUCAAUUCUCUAUACAUUUAUGAUUCCGAGAGUAUUUCACCAAUAGUCAUAGUAGCUGGACUACACUAUGCUGCUAUCACGGAUAUUUCAUGGUCUCCAAAUGCUAAAUAUCUUGCACUAUCUUCUCAAGAUGGUUAUUGUUCUAUUCUAGAGUUUGAUGAUGAUGAACUUGGUGUGCCUUUCUCCCUUGAAGUAGACUCUAAGAGUGCUCCUCAAGGCAUGCCAAGUACCACAAACGUGAAGGCUGACGUUGAAGAUUGUAUGGAUAUUGAUCACUUAGGUGCUGAUCAUAUGGACAGGAAAGCUGAUGUGAAGGCCGAUGAAGAGAAGCCGGUACAACCAAACUUGGUUAAGGCAUCUGAUACAAAUAAGCUAACAAAGAAGCGCAUCACACCUACAGCCAUCAGCUAGGAGUCGUGUUAGUGUCAUGCCCAUUGGUAGAUGCGCUAAAGUGCUUACAAAUGCACCAAUAAUUAUUGAAGAAGAAAAAUCCUUGCUUUUGCAUUUGAAAGCUGGUUUUUGGGAAUGUUAUGCAGUGGCAGUCCAGAUUUAUAUGCUGAAGACUGGGGGAAACCAAGUGCUGAUGGAGAGGUUUUUAUUCGCAUCCUAAUAUUAAAACCAAACCUUCCUUGUCUUUGUUAAGAUACCUUUAUUGAGAUUGAGUGAUCUUCUUACUAUGGGUGGUGUGCUUCUUGCUUAGUCCCAUAAAGAUAAUGAUAGUAUUCCUUGUUGUAACGAAGAUCCAAACUUUGUGCAUUCUCAUGCAUGUUUGAUAGCUGCAAGCUGCUGUCCUGCAAUGAAGUCUAAUAAUAUUAUCAAUAUCUGUCAUUCCAAACUUACCAUUUGCAGUUGUUUUACCUGCUCCA